AUGAAAGCAAGUCCUCGCCGAAAUGAUGAACGAAGGAAAAUGGUCUUGACUUUUUAUACAUUACAUGCCAUGACGCCUGGGAAUUCUCUCUUUACUCCCACUGCAAUUUUUCUGCUGCUAUUUUCGAAACUUUGCCACAAUACUAUUCAGAUAUACUCACCUCAAGUUGUCUGUCCGCUUGCAUUUUUUCCCAGACUUUCUUGGCAAAAUAUAACCGGACUUGACGGUAGGCAACGUUCCACAGUUUUUUUUCCCGUUCUUUUAUUUUUCAUUAUUCAGGAUACACACGAUCCCUCUGACAUCAGUGACCCGGAAACUGCUGGCGAUGAUGUUGAACCGCCCUACGACUGUCUUGGAUGUAGCUCGUCCCAAGAAAAAGCCAGAGAUCCUUCACUCCAUAGCGACGGCCGGAUAAAGAGGCGCGCACUCAGCUGCGCAUUUUGUGAUGAAGACAUCAUGAGGGAAUGUAACGAAGGAGUUACCGAAAAAAGUCAUCGUUCGCCCGCAGCGAAAGGAAUUCGCAUGGCAUCCGUCUUUGAAAGGACAGUUGACAAGAAGAAACUGAGACGAGAGACUAUGUUUCUUUCCAUUUUUUUAAAUUUUAAUUCACUUUUUUCACUUCUCUAUCUAUCUCGCUAUCUCUCUAUCUCUCUCUCUCUCUCUCUCUAUCUAUCUAUCUAUCUAUCUAUCUAUCUAUCUAUCUAUCUAUCUAUCUGUUGA